GUUAACAAAAGUUGCAUGACAGAAGAGAAUCAAAAUCUAACUUCAAAAGUUUGUCUCCAUCUUCCUCUUCCCUUAAGUAAGUACAUAUUCCUUAAACCCUAAAAGCAACCAUGAUUCCAUGGGGACUUUGCCCUUUUUGUCUCUUCUCACAAUCCCAAUGUUCCUCUUAAGCUCCUUAAAAGGGGUUCCCCAAAUACCAAUAAAUAGCUAUCUAUGAGCUCACAAUCUCAAGAGCCAUCCUCUCAUUGCCAUAAAAGAUGAGGAGGCCAUCAUGUUCGUUCCUCGUUGCAUUGCUUCUACACCUUUCGCUCUCCAGUCUCAUCGAUGCGCGAGCUCUAAGUUCUCCAGGAGUAGCCAACAACAAUGUACCAACUGAUGAAAUAUUAUACGAGGACACUGAAUUAGCAGACGAGGAAACUUCAAUGGGAUCAUUCUCACAACUUCCGUUGCAGUGGCAACAACAACCUCCUUCUGCUCCUUCUCCUUGUGCAGAGCCACCAUUUGCCCUACCUUCUUCACCAAGCCAACAACUUUCACCGCCAACAUUAUCUGGUAUUCCGGCUAGCGAUCCACCACCUAUUCCCAGCCCACCUAUCUCCCAACCUGGACCGAUAACACAAAUUCCAAACCCACCCGACUCUCCGCUCGGCCCACCAACACAAAUUCCAAUCCCGCCUAUCUCUCCGCUAGGCCCACCAACUCAAAUCCCAAACCCACCUAGCUCUCAACUCGGCCCGCCAAUACAAAUCCCAAGCCCACCUAACUCUCAACUCAGCCCACCAACACCAACACAAAUCCCAAGCCCACCCAACUCUCAGCUCGGCCCACCCACACAAACCCCGACCAGCCCACCGACACAUAACCCUUCCGUCCCGAUCGUCGCUCCCAGUCCACCGUCGCCGCCGUCCCAAACGAAGCCCGGGUCCAACGUAUGGUGCGUGGCGAAGCCCUCGGUAUCGGACUCGACGCUCCAACGGGGUUUGGACUAUGCUUGUGGGAUGGGAGCGGAUUGCAAGAUGAUCCAGCCCAGUGCGCCUUGCUUCCAGCCCAAUACUGUCUCGGCCCACUCUUCCUUCGCUUUCAACAGUUACUGGCAGAAGGCUAAGGCUGCUGGUGGGACUUGUGAUUUUGGUGGCACUGCCAUGCUCGUCUCCAUUGAUCCAAGUUAUAGCGGCUGUCAUUUUGUAUCCAGCUAGUGGUCAUCGAAUGGAAGGAAGCUCCAAAGUCCAAAGGCAUCUAGUAUCUAGCAAUGUUGUGAUUUGGACUGUAUUAAAGAGAUAAGUUAGAUAUAUAUAAGAUAAUUAAGAAGUAUUCCCUCGAUCACUAUAUAGUACAUAUUUGUAAGAUAAUUUUCAGUUAUCAUGUUUGAAUCCAAAGCGUGGGAGAUGUUACCAUCCUACAUUAUAACUAGCUCAAUUCUUUAGAGUUCUUACGUGAUGUGUUAACGAGAUCUAUUUCACAUAGAUUGCCACAUUAUUUAAAAAACGAGAAAGAGGCUUGAAGUGACUCGUCAAAUAACGAAAUCUCCAAUGAUGAUGCGACUCGUUAUUGUAUUUGAUCUAAAAUGCUUUUUGGUGCUUUGUUGUAAUAAAAUGGAUUUUUGUUA